AAAGUCUUUGUGUAUUGUAAGUAGGUUGUACACGCGUGGUAGUGUACGGUAGUCUGAUAAGACUAAAAAAAUGAGGGUUCAUAUUUGUGUGUUUUUAGUGUGCAGUGCUGUUAGUUCUGUAAUAUCUGCAUCGGUUUGUGAGAAUUUACAAAUAAGGAAUGCGGAGAGAGCUAUUGACUUAACUUCUCAAUUAGUUAAGAUUGGACAUACAAUUACGUUUGAAAACAUCGGGAAAGUUACUUGUAACAGUUUUAAGUUUGCCAUUGAUCCAAAGCUGGCCCCAGGCUUUGCAUUUAUUUCUGCUCAGAGUGGGGAUUCAUCCAAAACUAGUCUGGGAGCUGUAGAGAAUGCUGCAAAAGGCACAUGGAACAUAGCACUGAAGGAACCAUUAAGUUCUGGGAAAACAGUGACUGUGGAAGUUGAGACAGUGUUCACACACCAAUUGAAACCUCACCCAGCUUCAAUAUCGCAGAAGGAGAAGCAACUUGUACUGUAUCAUGGGAGCACUGUUCUUUAUUCACCAUAUACUGCAAUCAAGCAGACAACAACUGUUACCUUGGCAUCGAAAAACAUAGAAAGUUACACAAAACAUAAACCAGUAGCAGUUUCUGACAAUGUAAUAACUUAUGGUCCAUAUGAAAAAGUCCAGCCUUUCUCACAGGAUAAAAUGAUAAUUCACUUUGAGAACAAUGCUCCCUUCUUGACAGUCACAAACUUGUUAAGAACGAUUGAAGUUUCACAUUGGGGUAACAUAGCAGUUGAGGAGACAAUAGACCUGCUUCAUACUGGUGCUACUCUGAAGGGACCGUUCUCUCGUUAUGAGUACCAGAGAGAGGCUCAGAGUGGGUUGUCGAGUGUAAAGUCGUUCAAGACUAUUCUUCCUGCUGCUGCAACAGAUGCAUACUAUCGGGAUGAAAUUGGAAACAUUUCAACAUCCCACAUGAAAGUAUUGAGUGACUCAGUGGAACUUGAUCUCAGGCCAAGGUUUCCACUAUUUGGAGGAUGGAAGACACAUUACACGAUUGGCUAUAAUGUGCCAAGCUAUGAGUAUUUAUACAACUCAGGAGAUGACUAUUUGCUGAAAAUGCGUUUUAUAGACCAUGUUUUUGAUGAUAUGGUUGUGGAUGAAGUGACAACCAAGGUCAUACUACCUGAAGGAUCGCAUAAUAUUGAAAAAUACACUCCAUAUCCCGUAGAAACUAUGCCGGAUUCCCACCACUUUACCUAUCUGGAUACAAACGGGAGACCAGUAAUUACGUGGCGGAAGAAAAAUUUAGUAGAAAAUCAUAUUCAGGAUUUCAAGCUCCAGUACAGAUUCCCACGUAUAUUCAUGCUGCAGGAACCUCUUCUUGUAAUUGUGGCAUUUUACCUUCUGUUUCUGAUGGUGAUCAUUUACGUGAGAAUAGACUUCUCCAUUUCAAAGGAUGAAGUGAGCGAAACUCGGAUGAGAGUUGCUGGUUACUGUGAAAAAGUUUUAGCUUACCAAGACAAGCGAGCACAAACUUUUGCACGUUAUGAUGAACAAUUAGCCAAAUUGAAAACGACAAAAGAUAUCAAUUCCUUCCAGAGUGCAAUGAAAAGUAUAAAUCAAGAAUAUAAGGCACAAACAUCAGCCAUUGCUGAGCUGUUAUUGAAACUGAAAGAUGCACCAGAUAUUGCUGAAAAGGUUUCCGAGCUGCAGAAAGCAGACAGGCAAUUGAAGGAGCUUUAUUCACAGCAUCAGAGUCUCUACGUAGAUAAAGUGAUUCCUGGAAAAUCAACCAGAGCUCAGAUUGAUACAGAAAAUCAGAUUAAUAAGAAGAAAGAAGAAUGCAUUGAAAAAAUAAAUGCUAUUGUUAAAUCUCUUCAGUGAGAACUUAAAUAUACCUGUGAGACAUGAAAAAGACUGUUUAGCCUUUAAAUCUGAAAGGGUUUGCUUUGUUUCAAGACAGGUUUCUGUUGAAUGGGAACCACUCUAAAGAAAAAUAUAGGUAAUUGAGAAAGACUUUGUGUAAUUUUUUUGUCAGAAUGUUGUAUUUUGCUCAGGUAUUUGCCUUCAUUGUGCAAUGUGGACUUUUUUACAUUAAUUUUCAUGUAUAGUGGUUUACAUUUAUGUUUUGGGCAGUUGUAGCCUGGCAAAGUUUGUGCUUGGAAGGAAAAUGAUGUAUUUUGGAAAUACCUGACUUGUAGUUUGCACCAGGUAUAUUUGUUCCAAAUUCUUUGGUAUUCCUUCUCUGGUAAAGGGAAUAAUACAGAGUGAAAUAGGUUGUA